GCAUGCUCGCUAAAUCUAAAAUAAUAACAUUUUAUAAUGUAAGAGAAAAUGACAAAUCUGACUUUACUAAUUUACUUUGCUAGUGAACCAAACCCUAAUAGGUGUUGGACUGUUGGUGUGCCGUGCCUACUGCCUAAUGCCUAUACACAUGUCGGGCUAACACUUUUGAGUUUUGAUUGUAGUAGUAGCCUAGUAGGUCAUAAGAAAGUGACCAAACUCUUAUUAAGUCAAAGUUCAGUGCUCAAUUAGAAUCGAUGUAAAGUUGCAGGGACUUACUGUAAAAUUACUUCCUCCGUUUCAACUUUCACCCAAUCGUCUCUUUCCACCUCUCUCUCUCUCUCUCUCUGGCGCUCAUCUCGGCCCCGGCCAGUCGUCAUUCUCGUAUCUCGAAUCUCCAAACGCUCUCCUUCAGAGUCCAGAGUAAUAUAAAUACCUGCUCAGGGCAAAAAAAAAAUGCGGCCAUCUCCGUCCUUCCUCACAGAGCCGAACAUGGAAAGAACUCUCCGACUCUCUCUUUCUCUCUCCCUUCUCUAUGCGCUGUAAUUCAUCUGAAAUCCCAAAGCGUAAGAGAGAGGAAGAAGGACCCCUGAAACCCUAGGCCUCUUGUUUCCUCCAUCCUUGCUGUUAAAGCAUCGAAUCUCCGUGAUUCUUUCUCAUUGCCGGCAAACUUGUUCCUUCUGGACCGAGCGAUUUUGAUCCAGAGUAAGGGGUGGAAAUAGAAACCCUAGCGGUGAGGGCAGUUAGAUUUCCUUUUUCUUGGUUUGGUUUGGUUUAAGAGAGGCAAGGUUUAGGACAGAGGGGUUGGAUUGGCGUCUUGAUGAAGAAAGCCCGUCAAAGGCAGAGGGUUUUCAUCCUCUGUUUGCUCUCUGUCACUGUGCUCGCUCCAAUUGUUUUCCUCUCCAAUGGAGCCAGUUUCCUCGCUUCUUUCGGAAGGAGAGGGUUGGCUCAUGAUAUUUCAACCCUGAAAUACAGGGCUGAGUCAUCACAGCUUCACGCAAUUGAGGAAGCAGAUGGAGGCUUGGUAGAACCAAAACCGAUUGUUUACCGAGAGAAGGAUUUGGGGUCUCUUGUUAGCUUAGGUACUAGUAAUGUCAAUAGUGAUUCUACUCAGCACAGAAGUACGGAUGACACAACUGAUUCUAAGAAACCUGAAAAUACUGGAGACAGGACUAUUCUUUUAGGCAGCAACGGAACCAAUGACGAAAGAGGGAAAGAAAACCGGUCUAACUCUAAAGUACCAUCACGGUCAGAUACAGUGGGAAGUUCGAGAGAUCAAAGCAUAAGACGUGCUUCUCAGAAACAAACAGAUCGUAGGGUAAAGGAGAUACAAGACAAGAUCAUUCAAGCUAAAACAUACUUGACUCUAACACCACCUGGAAGCAACUCCCACCUAGUAAAAGAGUUGAGGCAGCGGAUAAAAGAAUUAGAACGGUAUGCAAGUGAAGGUGCCAAGGACACAGAUCUUCCUAGGAGUGCACUACAGAAAACGAAGGCCAUGGAAUUCACCUUGUUCAAAGCCAACCGAGUUUACAAAGACUGUACGGCCAUUGCUAAGAAGCUCCGUGCUAUGACUUACAAUGCGGAGGAACAGGUUCGGGCGCAUAAAAAUGAAGCAACAUAUCUUCUAGGACUUGCAGCAAGGACUACACCGAAAGGCUAUCACUGUCUUUCCCUACGGCUCACUGCUGAAUACUUUGCCCUGUCGCCAGAUGAAAGACAGUUCCCUAAUCAACAAAAAGUACAUGAUCCCAAUCUCCACCACUACGCCGUUUUCUCGGACAACAUUCUUGCUUCUGCAGUGGUUGUGAAUUCGACAGUCUCUUCUGCCCAGGAUACAGGAAAAGUCGUUUUUCACGUGGUGACUAAUGCUCUGAACCUCCCGGCGAUCUCGAUGUGGUUCUUGUUAUACCCACCUGGGAAGGCUACAAUACAUGUCCAGAGCGUCGACAACUUUGAGGCAUUGUCAGCAAACUACGACACGAUACUGAAGAAGCAGAACUCGACAGACCCGAGAUACACAUCCGAGCUGAACCACCUUCGUUUCUAUCUACCGGACGUGUUCCCUGAGUUGAGUAAGAUUGUGCUGCUGGACCACGAUGUGGUGGUGAGAAGGGAUCUAGCAGGGCUUUGGGGUGUGGAUUUGAAGGGGAAAGUCAACGCAGCUGUUGAAACCUGCCACGAGAGUGACCCUUCUUUCCGGCGAAUGGAUAUGCUAAUCAAUUUCUCAGAUCCGAACGUUGCCAGGAGAUUGGAUGCCGGUGCAUGCACGUGGGCGUUUGGGAUGAAUCUGUUUGACCUCAGAGAGUGGAGGAGACGAGAUUUAACUGCCCUCUACCACAAAUACUUGCGAAUGGGGAGCAAAAGAGGGUUGUGGAAAAGUGGGAGCCUGGGACUAGGGUGGGCAACAUUCUACAACCGGACGGUGGGAUUGGAUAAGAAAUGGCAGAGACUAGGGCUAGGGUACGAGUCCGGCGUCGGGGCUGGCGACGGGAUAGAGGAUGCAGCGGUGUUGCAUUACGAUGGAGUGAGGAAGCCAUGGUUGGAUAUUGGGAUCCCUAAGUACAAGAGUUACUGGACUGCUUACCUCAACUAUGACAAUCCACAUUUUCAGCAGUGCAAUAUCCAUCCGUAGGCUUCGCUUGACUGACUGACGAGUUAUAUGGAUGGCGAGAUGACAUUACAGCUGCUGCCGAUGAUGAUCUAUGACCGCGAUGAUGACAACGAGAGGAUAAUUCUUUAGUUUCAUAUACGAAGAGUGAGGAAACAUUGGAAUGGUUCUUACCUUAGAUUCUUUCAUGAGUUAGAAUUGUGAUAGCGUAAGAUAGAUUAGGAGGUGACAUGACACAAGUAUUAUAGCAACCAACACUAUACGGAAAUUUCAAUAAUAGAGAGAAGAGUUUCUUGGUGCAUGAAAUGGGAUUGGUUUUGUAGCCUGUAAAUAAUUCAUGGAUGAGUUGGAGUUCAUUCCUAU